GGUCUGGAAAGUUCUUUGGUUGGACAAAGGAAAAGAAAAGAACUUUCCAAAUGAAAGCCCAAAAAAGUCAAAAAAACAUCUUUUCAAUGAAUAUUUAAAGCGUAGAAGAAGAUGUUAGUCACAAUAAUAAAACAAAGAAGAAAGAAACAGAAUACACAAAUUCCGAUAAGAUUACCAAAUCUAUAAAUUCCCAUUCCUCGAAUUUUUUAAUUCACAAUUUUCCAGAAAAUUGGGAGAUUCCCCUUAUCGCCAAUUCUGCUGUUGUGUGGAUAUAUCACCGAAUUUGUUUGGCCCUUCUUCUUCUUCUUCCUAGACUGCUAUGCAGAGUCAAUUGGUGUGCAGUGGGUGUAGGACAAUUCUUCUUUAUCCCAGAGGUGCUACUAAUGUCUGCUGUGCAGUGUGCAAUGCCCUCACCCCUGUCCCACCUCCUGGAAUGGAAAUGGCUCAACUAAUAUGUGGAGGCUGUCGCACCUUAUUGAUGCAUCCACGUGGGGCAACUAGUGUGAGAUGCGCCUGUUGUCAUACGGUGAACCUUGUGCCGGGUCCUAACCAAUUUGCUCAUGUCAACUGUGGAAACUGUCAUACUAUGCUGAUGUAUCCGUGCGGAGCUCCAUCAGUUAAAUGCGCCAUAUGCCAUUAUAUCACACACGUUAAUGCCGGAGAUGGAAGAGUCCCAGUUCCGGUGCACACCUCUAUUAAUGGUGCUACAUCCUCUGCAGGACCCUCUUCUUCAACCGCUACAGCCCGUUCACAGAAUCAAACCGUGGUCGUUCAGAACCCUAUGUCUUUAGAUGAAAGUGGCAAGUUGGUGAGCAAUGUUGUUGUUGGUGUGACAACGACGACCUAGGGUUAUCUGUGAAAUGCAAUAGACGAAGGGUUAAGAUUCCUAUGUCUGUGAAAUGCACCUAGUUGAAGGGAGUAAGGUUUUUAUUUGCUUCCAUUGGAUCGAUGAGUAUAAAUGUGGUGCUAUAUAGAUAUGGUAAUAUUUAGUCCUAGUAUCAAAGCAUUUCUAGAUUGAAGAACUGUACCAAAAGUCGGACCAUUUGUGGUAACAAAGCCGAAGUGAUUGAAGAUUUAGGGUUCAGUAAUCUGUGAUUUUUCUGGGGUCGGUAAAUGUUGUCAAAUUAGAUUCUGUGGUGUGAAUACGCCCGAUGAUCCAAGUACAGAAUGUUGAUAUGUACCAUUUGACCUGAUGUUAAUAAAAGUAAUCAACUUGGUGUAUGA